CAUCCCCACCUCCCUCCCCUAAAGCAGCCGCAUGCCCUGCAUCCUGCUUCCAGGGUGCUCCCGCCCCUGCCCACACUGGGAUUUGUUCAGUGCAGACAGGAUUUAUCACACCACACGCAGGAUUUAUCCCCUUUCCAUUCAUCCCCCACGACCGCUGUGCUGCUGUCACCUCCCCUUGUCGCGCAGUCCCAAUCGUCCCCACACGCCCGUGCCACUCUUCCUUUAGGUUUUCACCGAGCCUAUGGGAACAAACACGCAGCGAGUCCCCACUGCAAAGGUCUCUGUGAGUGACGCAGGAGACAGUCGGGCAGAGCAUCCCCUCCAGAAGACCAGGGAAGCCGCUCGGCCGGGGCCCAGAAGAUGCCCUUCUCCAGUAAGGCAUUACCAGGAUGCUCCAAGCAGGAGGUGACGUCCCGGUGGGGCUGAGACACGGAGGAGCUCUCCUGCGUGGAGCAUGUUCUGGGGGGAGGAAAGGGGCUGCAGGCUGAUCUUCCCAUUCCCUAACACCCCCACUGCCCACCGCUAGUCCAUGGGUGCCCUCCCUCCCCCCCUCCUUCCGCAACUCCGGCGCCGAGGAAGCCGAGCCGGAGGCAGUGCUGAGCCGGAUAUGCAGCGACUUCCCGCAUCCCUCCUUGUGAGUAUCCCUCGCUCCUCUUGAUGCCUUCGGAGGAGACGGAUGGACGGACGGACGAGCAGCCAGAGGGCAGAGCGCGGUGACUCCGCGGCAGCCACCACGGAGAGGACACAGGAUCCCCCCUUGGGCCCGCCGUGCCCCUUCGAAGGGGUGGCCUGGACCCCGCGCCACCCCCAGGACCCCCCGCAGGGCUGCUUUGCCUGCAUCGCCAAGCCCCCGGCUCUCCGGCAAGCUUCGCCGGUCCUGUCUCCUUCUUCUGCCGUUUAUCUCAUGGAGAGCAAGAGCUGCAAAGGGGACAGCCUGCGACCGGCGGUCCCUUGCAAGCACUCGGUGGAGAAAAAGACGAUGACCAACCCCACCACUGUCAUUGAAAUCUACCCUGACACCACCGAGGUGAACGACUACUAUCUCUGGUCCAUCUUCAACUUUGUAUACCUCAACUUCUGCUGCCUCGGCUUCAUCGCCUUGGCCUAUUCACUGAAAGUCCGGGACAAGAAACUCCUCAAUGACUUAAAUGGAGCUGUUGAAGAUGCCAAGACAGCCCGUCUUUUUAACAUCACCAGCUCAGCCCUUGCCACUUUCUGUAUAAUCCUUAUCUUCAUCUUCCUGCGAUACCCCCUCACUGAUUACUAAGAGUGAGGCCAACAGCAGUGGCCGCCGCCAAAAUGCCUCUAUGCCAGAAGUGUCUGCAGUUGUUUCUUGUAGUAAGGGCGCAAAAGAAUAAAAACAAUACUCCACCUUGAUUGCAAAAAA